UCCGAAUUGGGAUAUAUGUAUGGCUCAGAAUAUCAAGAGGUUCCAAAGCCACUACUGAAUUAUAAAGUACCAUGUGCUGUAUGUCGAACAAACCAGUUUUCUACAGUAUUAAUGAUACCAGCUAGAACAGAAUGUUAUCAAGGAUGGCAGAAAGCAUACCAUGGAGAGUUGGUCAGUGAGAGGUACAAUCAUGCUGGGGCGUCUCAGUAUGUUUGUCUUGAUGAUAACCCACAGAUCAACGGAACUAAUACUAAUAAUGAUGGUAAAUUAAUGUAUCCAGUGAGAGCACAAUGUGGAUCACUACCAUGUCCUCCUUAUGAAGAUAACACUCUUCUUACAUGUGUUGUCUGUUUGAAAUAA